UGAUGCGUAGAAAAGCCCAGUGUGGCGAGGUGCAGCAAUUCCCUCACGCGCGUUCUUGUGAGAAUCCACCUUGAGCCCGCCUUGUGUUGGACAUGGACAUUAGCCAAAUUCUGCGAUUGGUCGACUUGAACAAAGGGUGGAGGUACUCGAGUGUCAUUCAAUACUGGCUUUCGCCAUCUUCUGUACACAAAAGCGCCGUGAGCGUUCCAGCAUCGCAGCGAUCCAAUGAAUCGAAACGUCCUCCAAAUCCGCCUAUACAGCAGAAUUACAACGGACAAGCAGCAGCGGACGCCUUGUGCGGUCCACGCGCUCCAGCCAACACAUCAAAUGCUGGAAUUAGAUUACAGGUGAAAGGAAAACCAGCUCGUCAUCAUCGCUCAGAUGUAGAAACAUGCGGCUAUGGGCAAAUGGUUCUGGACAAAGGAAACGUGGUAAAGUAUAGCCAAAGGUGUAAGGAGAUGGUGUCAAUGUGUCCAGAAGUGAAAACAAAUUUUGGGCCCAAGAAACGAAGGGUGCGAUGCACCGGGCAGGUAUCAAAAUAAACAGGUACAAACGGAAGAAAAGAGGUUUUACAAACAAGCAAGCAAAACAAGGGGUUAAGACAGGCGACAAAGGUUCUGCGAACCCGUGCAUGUCCCUGGCGGUAUAUGCAAAACGAUCAGGCAGCCGAGAAUCCGAGGACGCCGUCGCAGGAUAUGUAAAAGCCAAGUCGUGGGUCUCAUAUACAAAGG